GUCCGGAACAUCCGGCUGUAGCCUCUCAACAUAAACAGCUAUGGCGGAGGCAGCAGCAGCGUCUACGGCGGCUUCAGGAGUAAUAGGAGGUUGGACCAAACACGUAACCUGCAGAUAUUUCAUGCAUGGACUUUGUAAAGAAGGAGACAACUGUCGAUAUUCCCACGAUCUGACCAACAGCAAACCUGCGGCCAUGAUUUGCAAGUUCUUUCAGAAGGGAAACUGUGUGUUUGGGGACCGUUGCAGGUUUGAACACUGUAAACCAGCAAAAAACGAGGAGCUGCCAGCCCCCCAGAUGCUGCCGCUGCCCUCCGCCUCGCUGGCCGGCCCAUCUGACCCAGAACCCAGUGGGCCAACACCUGUCCCUGGGGCGCAAGACUGGGUCAACGCUGCUGAGUUUGUUCCAGGACAGCCAUACUGUGGACGCGCUGAGCAAGCGAAGGUGGAGAGCUCCGUCCCACUCAUCGAGGAGUUCGACAGUGACCCGGCGCCAGACAACAAACAGCUGAGGAAGCAGCUCUGUCCGUAUGCCGCCGUCGGUGAGUGCCGCUACGGAAUCAACUGUGCCUAUCUCCACGGCGACGUGUGUGAUAUGUGCGGCCUUCAGGUGCUCCACCCCACUGACAACAACCAGCGCUCUGAGCACACUAAGGCGUGCAUCGAGGCCCACGAGAAAGACAUGGAGAUUUCAUUCGCCAUCCAACGCAGCAAGGACAUGAUGUGCGGCGUGUGUAUGGAGGUGGUGUUUGAGAAGGCCAACCCAAGUGAGCGUCGCUUCGGCAUCCUCUCCAACUGCAGUCACUGCUACUGUCUAAAGUGCAUUCGCAAGUGGAGGAGCGCCAAGCAGUUUGAGAGCAAAAUCAUCAAGUCUUGCCCCGAGUGUCGAAUCACGUCCAACUUCGUCAUCCCGAGCGAGUACUGGGUGGAAGACAAGGAUGACAAGCAGAAACUCAUCCAGAAAUACAAGGAUGGCAUGGGGAGUAAACCGUGUCGAUACUUUGACGAGGGUCGUGGAACGUGCCCUUUUGGCUCGAAUUGCUUCUACAAGCACGCCUUCCCCGACGGACGGCUGGAGGAAGCUCAGCCCCAGAGAAGACAGACCGGAUCCAACAGCAGAAACCGGAACUCGAGGCGAACGCCGUUGUGGGACAUCUACGACGAGAGGGAAAGCACCGACUCCUUCGACAACGAGGAUGAGGAGAUGGUAACGUUUGAGCUGAGCGAGAUGCUCCUCAUGCUGCUCGCCGCAGGAACCGACGACGAGGUGACAGACUCAGAGGAUGAGUGGGACUUGUUUCACGAGGAGCUGGAUGAUUUCUAUGAAAUUUACCUAUAGCAGCCCCACCCGCUA